AUGCCCCCAUCAGCGCACGAGACGGUGUCGGACUGCUCCCAGCCGUGUUCGCAAUCGCAAGCGCCCCGGCUCCGCGACUUCUUUGUCCUCAUCGAGCGCGAGAGCUUUGAGGCCCAGCUUAUCCCAAGUCUCUGUAUCAAUCGACGUAUCCGGCAUGCUGUCCUCAUUCUCCUCUUCACGGCAGGCCAUCUCCACAUCCUGCUGGAGGUUGCCAUUGGCGAUGCUCGUCCCUUCUUGAGCUCCGGGAGCAGCCUGCGGCUGGCCUGCCGCACCCCCGGUCCCCGAACCAGGCUGGCCCGCGUGUUUGUCGCUAGGGCGGGGAGGAGCCUUGUCAGAACCUGGCGCCACUGGCCCCUUACCAGUGCGCUUCGGGAGUCUUUCCACCUCCACCUUGAUGUCAUAGCCCUCAUGGUUGAACCAUACUUGCACGAAGCCAUUCAUCUUGUUCGGGGCUUUGCAGCCAAACUUCAUCCUCACCGGUCCCAUCCGAAUGAGAGAGAGAGCUCGUCCACCACAAUGGGCCUGCCCAACAUCUUCAGUCCUUCCAUCAGGCGAUCGACGCGGCGGUGCUUCUUAGGGAUGCCAUGGAGACAAAGCCACACCUUCGGCAUGGAGAGGGGCACGCAGGUCUCCUGGAUAGUAUCACGCACCCGCACCGUAAUGUCAUUGAUGGAGAGAAACAGUUUACCACUAGAUUUGACCAUGUGCAGCAGAUCCGCGGAGGGAAAAGUAACUGCAUAAUCAUCAUCACCCACUUGAGAAAUAUGCCAGUCCCAAUCCCCCGCCACCAUGUGCUUCAGCUCCUACUUGAGCACGCGCAGCGAGAGCCUCCCUGGCUCCGCCGACAAGAUAGCACCAUUGGCAGCCUGGAGAUUAUUGCCCUCCACCUCCUCUUCUUCCUCAAACUCCAAGCAGAAAAAACCUUCGCCCGGGAUAGCACUGCCCAUGAUCUGGAGGUGA